AUGUCGCUCUCAAAAGCAGAGUCCGACGUGAUAUUAAACAGGGCAAAUGUCGCUCUAUCCCGCAGCCAACGUCUCGUCUCAUCAUGGCUCCCCACCCAAACAGAAGACGAGCUAUCAAAUCUCAAAUCCGAAGAAGAGCUACAACGUGAAGAAGACGAGAUCUUCACCGCAGUACCAGAGACACUCGGAAUCGGCGCCCCACUCCCCGAAAAAGCAGCGGAUGGAAGUUGGAACCGCACAGAGUUAAGCUCGAAUGAUAAAUUACGGAAACAAUUACUUGGGAAGAACUAUGAUCGGUUUAUGAAGAUUCAGGCGGAAAAUAAGGCGCAGGCUAAGGUGAACAUUUCGGCGCCUCAGGGGGCUAAACCGGUUGUUGUGGAGGAGAGUAGUGAUGAUGAAGAGGAGGGGAGGACUACUUCUGUUGGGAUGAGGAGGAAAAAUGGACAGUCUAAGAUGAAGACAAAGACAAAGAUGACGACACAGGCGGAGGCGGAGACAGAGGCUGUCGAGAAGGAGGGAGGUCAGGAUCAGGAUCAGGAUACAGAUAUGCAGGUGCAGGGUGAUGGACAGGAUGAAGUGCCUGUUGCUACGAAGAAGGUACCUGUGCGACAGGCGCCGUCGAAGAAUAAGAAGAAGGCUACGAGCUAUUUGGAUGAGAUUUUGGCUCAAAGGGCGAACAAGAGGAAGAAGAGGUGA